AUGCAGAUUUUUGUUAAAACCCUAACAGGUAAGACUAUCACUCUUGAGGUGGAGUCAUCAGACACUAUUGAUAAUGUCAAAUCCAAGAUUCAAGAUAAGGAAGGUAUUCCUCCUGACCAGCAACGUUUAAUUUUUGCUGGUAAGCAACUGGAAGACGGUAGAACUCUUUCUGAUUACAACAUCCAAAAGGAAUCCACCCUCCACUUGGUUCUAAGAUUAAGGGGUGGUAUGCAGAUCUUCGUCAAGACCUUGACAGGUAAGACUAUUACCCUUGAGGUAGAAUCGUCGGAUACCAUUGACAACGUUAAGUCUAAGAUUCAAGACAAGGAAGGUAUUCCUCCUGACCAGCAACGUUUGAUCUUCGCUGGUAAGCAAUUGGAAGAUGGUAGAACUCUUUCUGACUACAACAUCCAAAAGGAAUCUACUCUCCACUUGGUUUUAAGACUGAGAGGUGGUAUGCAGAUUUUUGUCAAGACUUUAACUGGUAAGACUAUCACUCUUGAAGUGGAGUCAUCAGACACUAUUGACAACGUAAAGUCUAAGAUUCAAGACAAGGAAGGUAUUCCUCCUGAUCAGCAACGUCUGAUCUUUGCUGGUAAGCAACUGGAAGAUGGUAGAACUCUUUCUGACUACAACAUCCAGAAGGAAUCCACCCUCCACUUGGUUCUAAGAUUAAGAGGUGGUAUGCAGAUUUUCGUCAAGACUCUAACUGGUAAGACUAUCACUCUUGAGGUAGAGUCAUCAGAUACUAUUGAUAACGUCAAAUCUAAGAUUCAAGACAAGGAAGGUAUUCCUCCUGACCAGCAACGUUUGAUCUUCGCUGGUAAGCAACUGGAAGACGGUAGAACUCUUUCUGAUUACAAUAUUCAAAAGGAAUCCACUCUUCACUUGGUAUUAAGACUUAGAGGUGGUGAACUUUGUUCAAUUGUUUAG